AUGGCUACCGAUUCUACCCCGAUUACCCUUUCCUCCCUGACGUUUCUGCAUCCGAACAAGCUAGCUCCUCUUCUCCUUGGCUCCGCAGAACGAUCCAAGAUUGCUGUCAUCGACGUCCGAGACUCAGAUCACAUUGGCGGCAAUAUCAAACACAGUACUUGGGUCCCGUUGCACCAGCUGGAUGCGCGCAUGCCUGAACUGGUCAGGACCCUGAAAGACAAAGAAAAGGUCGUCUUUCACUGCAUGUUGAGUCAGCAGAGGGGGCCCAAAGCUGCGUUGAUGUAUGCCCGGGCAAAGCAGCGGGCUGAAGCGGAAGAGCAGAGAUCCCGGAAUAAGGAAUCGGAAGCUCAAACUGAUGGAAAUGAAUCGGUCGCUGCACAGGAAAUAUAUGUUCUCGAGGGAGGCUUUGGUUCGUGGCAGGCGCUCUAUGGUGAGGAUCCGCGAUUGACGGCCGAUUAUCAGCCGGAUCUAUGGGUGUGA